AUGGUUGCCGAUGAACUCUCCCAGGCCCCCGAUGGCCUGAUCGGGGGCUACAAGGGGGGCAAUCUGACCGUGCGCAUUCUCAUGGUUGUCUUUUCCUCGAUCGCGCUGUAUAAUGCGAUCGAGCUGUUUAUAUUGCUGUUUUUGACGUUUCAGCACUACCGAGGCUUGUACUUUUGGACCCUCUUGCUUUCGGUGGUGCUGGGGGUGAUUCCGCAUACUAUUGGAUAUAUUUUGGAGUUUUUUGCGCUGGCGCCGUUAUGGUUGAGUUUGACCUUGUCGACGAUUGGGUUUUAUGUCAUGGUUCCCGGUCAGUCGAUGGUGCUGUACUCGCGACUGCAUCUUGUGGUGCAGAAUCAUCGGUUACUGCGGUUUGUCUUGUGGCUCAUUAUUAUUGAUUCUGUGCUGCUGUUGGUUCCUACGACGGUGCUUACAUUCUCGACAGCCUACAUUGGCACCAUUCCCAUCAUCCGUGGCUAUAAUGUCAUGGAGCGCCUCCAGCUGGCCUGGUUCUGCACGCAGGAGUUUGUCAUCUCGGGCAUCUAUAUUUCUGAAACGGUCAAGCUCCUCCGACUCAUGCCGGAAAAGGAGAAUCGACGGACGAAAAUCAUGUACGAGCUGCUGGCGAUCAACUGUGUGAUCAUCAUGCUGGAUGUGGCCUUGCUGGUGGUGGAGUACAUUGGCUUUUACUCGCUGCAGACCACUUUGAAACCCAUGGUCUACAGCAUCAAGCUCAAGCUUGAGUUCGGUGUCCUUGGCAAGCUUGUCUCGCUGGUGCAGACACAUCGCUCGCAACCGACUUCUUCAGAACAUGAGGAGUAUCCGAACUUUGUGGAUCCGACCCAAUUCACGACGGACGUGACACAUGCGGCCCCCGUUGAGCCACGUAGAUCGCGGGGCAUGGGAGCGUGGAACAAUAUCUCGAUGGAGAGUUUGUCGUCUUCGGAACGGCGGAUUCGUCCUUCGACGAGGUCACUGUCUAGUGACGGCGGGGAUCCAGCUUGA